GUUUACCAACAAGCAACGUUCGUCAGUUCCACCGACGUUUUAUUUUCACGGAUGUUCCGGAUUUCGCGCCUUCAACAGUGAUGGCCAACGACAAACGCACCGUGUACGUGGGUGGCCUCUCGGACGAGGUGACCGAAAAGCUGAUAAACGACGCGUUCAUCCCGUUCGGCGACCUGGUGGACAUCCAGAUGCCGGUGGAUUACGAGUCGCAAAAGCACCGGGGCUUCGCAUUCAUCGAGUUUGAGAACGCCGAGGAUGCGGCCGCCGCCGUGGACAACAUGAACGACUCGGAGCUGUGCGGGCGGACGGUUCGGGUGAAUGUGGCGAAACCGCAGCGGAUUAAGGAGGGCAGCAAUAAGCCGGUUUGGUCGGAGGAUUCGUGGCUGCAGCAGCACGCGGGGGCCACGCUGGCCAAUGGGGAGGGUGGUGGUGGCGGAGGGGAAGGUGAUGGGGUGACGACGGGGGAGGAGGUUCAGCCAAAGGAAGCGAAGGCGCCGGAAGAGAAGAAGCGGAAUCCACAGGUGUUCUUUGACGUUCGGAUUGGGACGAAUGACGUUGGGCGGAUCAUUAUGGUGCUGAGGGCGGACAUUGUGCCGAAGACGGCGGAAAAUUUUCGGGCGCUGUGCACCGGGGAGCAGGGCUUCGGGUUUAAGGGAUCGAUCUUUCAUCGAGUCAUUCCGGAGUUUAUGUGCCAGGGCGGGGACUUUACGGCGCACAAUGGAACCGGGGGGAAGUCGAUCUACGGGAAGAAGUUUGCGGACGAGAAUUUUACGCUGAAGCACACCGGCUUUGGGGUGCUGUCGAUGGCCAACUCCGGACCGAACACGAACGGGUCGCAGUUUUUCAUUUGCACGGAGAAAACCGACUGGCUGGACAGCAAACACGUCGUGUUUGGAAAUGUAAUCAGCGGCGCGGACGUCGUCCGCAAGAUGGAACGGUGCGGCUCCAAAAGUGGCAAAGUGAACCAGAAAAUAACGAUCGUGGCCUGCGGAGAACUGAAAGGUUAGUUGCUGAAGGCAAUAAAAGUUCUGUAUUUAUUUAAACGGC